UUAACAUAGUACUUCUCUUUUAUCAUCACACUCCCCUUAGUUUAACUAUUUCACUUAGCAAAAUUAUACUCUUCCCGGGUGUCCCCUUAGUUUAUGCACUCAUUUGUUUGUUUUUGUUGCGUGUCUUUUGUUUUCGGUAAAUAUUAAAUCAUCCAUUUUCCAUUUUAAUUUAUAUUUAAAAACUUAAAACAAAAUGCAUUGAUGAAAGUAGAAACCAUCAAUAUUAAAAAAAAAAACAAAAAAAAAACGUUUGGCUUUUAAAAUAUAGAAGGAUGUAGUCUAUCAGUUACCAAUAACCUUUCUUUUUGAAUUGCAAGGUGCAUAAAAUUUGGUUAACCAAAUAUGUUGGGAAUUGGCUGGAGGGAGUUUUAUCAAGUGUUAUAUACUUCUCUUAAAUGCAACUCAGCUGCCUUGGACUCGAUUAAAUGAUUUUUCUUACUUGGCUAAACUAGACUAGACAUCUUCUACUUUAGACGGGUUCAAAAGAAGAUAUGAAGAACACAGAGCUACCACAUUCACAACUUGCCAAAAAUAUAUGUCACACACUCGCAUUAUCAUUAAUUUAUCAACGAGGUAUGGUAUCUUUGGUAGGAUAUCAUAUACCUAAACUAUGAUUUGAGAUGCUUAUUUUGUGGUUUUCUUGGGUCCAUAUAAAAACUGAGAAAAUCAAUCAUGUGCAAAGUCGUCAUUGGCUCCAACAUACACUGAAACAUGAUUGUUUCUGAUUGACUCACGAAGUUUCCGUUAAUUUAGUUUUCUUAUUGCAAUCACUGUCAUUUAAAACACGGAUUCGUGGGUCGGUAUGUUUUUGUUUUCGAGGUCAAAAUUACUAAUUACUGGCGGGGAGUCUACGUUUCCUAAUAACAAAGUCAUUUUCCAAACAGAUUAGGCUUUUCAAUAAAGGAAAAAGUUGUUCAUCAUAGCAAUUAGCAAGCUCCACCUGAAUAUUUUUUCCCUCUUUCUCAAAAAAAAAAAAAAUAUUUUUUCUCUCAUCUAAAUUUCUGUAGUUCAAUAAAGAAUGAAGAUUUACACAUGUUUUGUGUUCUUAACAUCAAACGAUUAUUAACAUGCUAGUUGUUAUAUGCUUUAUAUGUCUAUUUGAUUUGUUGGAAAUUUUAAAAACUAAUAUGGUAUAGGAACAUGUUAAUUAAUUUUAUAUGCUUUAUAAAUGUUUUAAUAUAUUCAAUAUUAUUGGUCUUAAGGCCGACGAAGAACUUUUUGUUUGCUUUUCAAUCCAUUUCUAUUGAUUGGGAUGUAUGAUCUGUAACAAUUUUUACUUCUUACACAUACAAAUCCAGUUUUAAACAGAUUUUAGUUUAAAUAAUCUGGUUAGUCAAAUAAUGUGAUUCGAUAAAAAAAAGCCACUAAUGAAUGAGGGGGAAGUUUACUUUAAAAACUAGAUUAUAUCAGUUGAAACAAUUAGAAAGACUAAAAUAGAAAACCUAUAUGUUUGGAUGAAUUGAACCAAAAUCCAAAUCUAUUUGAUCAUUGUAUUCUAUACUGAACAAAGACAAUUUAAUUUAUUUGAUUAGUUAUAUUCAUAAACGUUGGUCUGGGUCAAAAUUUCGUGCCUAAUAAUUUUAUUGACUAGUGUGAAUUGUUUUCACCUUCUUCUUUGCUUUUCUAUAGUUGACAUAUCUAAAACAAAAUCUUUUGGAUACUUACACCUUUAGAGCACCCACAAUGGUUAAGAACCGUUGUUGAAGUUUUUAUUAAUAUAAAACUAAUAGUAUUAUUGAUGUAAUUAAGUAAAAGAAUAAAAAUUUUAAUGUUUGUCAAAAACUGCCCAGUAAAAAGUAUACAAAUGGCGUUUGAGUAUUUAGAGCCGCUCUUUCCAUGCUUGUUUUUAGAAACGAUUUUGCUUUUCUCUCUCUAGAUUUAAUUCUUUUAAAAUUUUUAAUAGGUAUCAUAUUUGGAGAUGGCCUUGCACACCCAAGACUUGGUCGAUUUUUGUCAUUGUCAAAAAUCAAGAAAAUAGGGGUGAUUUAGUUUGGUUGUCGGAAGUGACUUUAGUUAUAAUUUUUAUCUACGGUUUUAAAAACCACCAAUCAUGUUUUAUAUCAAAUUUUUAAACUACAGAUGUGAUUAGUUGGGCUGUAAGGGCUGACUUUAGAUUUAAUAUUAAUCUACAGCCUUUAAAUCAUCAAUCAUGAUUUAUCUUAUUUCUAAAACCUACAGCCAAAAAAUGAAAAAAUGGCUGUAAAAGCUUUAUUUUCUAAAACCUUAUUUUUUUGCUGUAUGAAAUAUAUUGUUGUAGCAAUCAAUUGUAAAGCUACAUCACUUACAGAUAAAUAAAUAAAAUCUUACAACCAAAAUUAUAAAGUAAAGUUUCUACAGUUACAGUCCAACCAAUCACCACAUACAUCAAAAAAAUAAAGUUACAGCAAAAAAAAAUGCAUGUCAAAGUUUUAUUUUCUAAAACUCCAUCUUUUUAACUAUAGAAAAUUUUAAAGUGAGAUUUCUUAAAACUAAAUAAAAAAAUCAUACAUACUAAAUUAUAAAGUAAUUUGUUUACAGUUGCAGCUCAACCAAUUUUGUUUAAAAAAUAAAAAUAAUUGAGAAAAUUGCAAAUAAAAUGGAGUAUCGAUCCGACUGAUGUUGAGUUUAUUCAUUAGUGAUCUAAUUUAUGAUACCUUUGUGGGAUAGAUUUUAUCAAAAAGAAAAACCUUUAAGGUGAAUUAAUGUAAUAUACAUAGGAAAAAAAAUUAAAUAAAUAAUCAUAUGUUUAGAAGUGAUAAGUAUACAAAAGAAGAAUAAUGAUAAAAAAAUAAUAAAUCUAAAGAAGUUUUUGUUUUUAGAAAACAUGUCCUAUAUUAUAUUCUUGACAAGUUAAACGUUUAUUAAGUUGGCAAACAAAUUAAAGUCCUUACUUCCGGACAUUAUUCUCCAAAAAAAAAGAAGAAACUCAGCUCAUAGGCAGAAGUGGCAUCGAGAGCGCUCAAGACAGCAAGAGAAUGGAUUCAUGCACAACAGCACAAGGAAACAUAGUCAAACAACCACAACCAGCUAAAAGAAGGAUUAAUCAAAGGAGGCAAGAAACAGAAAUCUCAGAUCUUAUCAUGUGCUUCACAGAUGCAGCGUGGGAUCAGCCGAUCAGGGGUGGACCUAGGUGAGAGGUUGGUGGGGGCAUGUGCCACAUACAAGAAAAAAAGAUUUCAUUAGUUUCUUUGAAGAUUUGAGGAACUCAAAUAACUUAAAUCUCUUAUGUCCCAUGCACAUUUGACUAAAAAUUUGAGGCAUCUCCUCUGGAGCCCCUAAACGUGGAUUCGAAAAUCUCCUAUGGGCUCUAUCAACCACCUAUGCCCCUCAUUCAUUAAUGAGUCGCGAAAUAUCGUUUAUACCCUUCCGUGGGUGAAAUAAAAAAAAUCGAAAAAUCGAAAUUGAAGGAAUCAGAGAUGUCGGGUUGAGAGGAGGGGUUCUGGUUCUGGUCCGGCACAAAUUUAGGUUUGGGUUAUGGCGGGUUUAUAGAUUGGGCGGUUUGGUUAUAUGAUUCUGAUUGAAUGUCAAUUAAAAAGAUAAAAAUUAAAAUAAAACAAAAAAUAUGAAAUUAAAGCGAGAAAUAAAUUAUCUAUUCCCCCAUCGUGACCAAAAAGCUCGAUCGAUUCCUUCCAGCUCGUCGAAUUCAAUUCGCAGCUCCCGAGAAAUCUCUCAGCUCCCCAGAAAGCUCGAUCGUUGGAUUCUCCGGCGAAUGCAGGUUAGUUGUUCUCCUCCCCAAGCUGCAUUGGAUAAAAAUUGUUUUUAGGGUGUGUAAUUGGAAAUGUGAAUUAAUUAAAGCAUAUGGUUGGUUGAUUGAUUUGAGUUGCCUCUAUGGAAUUGAGUUGAGUUGAGUUGAGUUGAGUUGAGUUGAGUUGAGGUUCUUGAGCUUAUAGUACCUGAAACCUCAAUUUGAUAUGUAGUUGAAGCAUAACUUGGUAAAACUAGUAGAACUGAUAAUUGAAGUAUAAUACGUAUAACUGUAGAUAAUUAGAUAACACUAGUAUAACCGUGACUUGAAUUUGUUGUUUUUGCAGGAUACAAUGUCGAAACACGUGAGCAUACAUUUCAAAUUCAAAGAUCGAGUCUAUAGUGUAACCAUGAAGACAACAGUGGAUGAUAUAACUUUGGCAAUGCUUGAAGAAAGGUUGUAUAAAAAGUUGUCGUUGAAUGAAAGGAAUGUAAAACUGGUGCUGAGGUACAUGCCGUUGGUGGUUGGAUGUGAGGCAGAGCUAACUAUUUGUGAUGAUGAGGAUUUGUUUGUUUACCUAAUAACAAUUGAUAAAGACAACCGUAGAAGUCUUUUGUUAGUGGAGGAGACGAGUGUAUCGGAUCAGUUAGAGGUGGUGUCAAGAGUGUGCAAAAGUUCUGUUGGUAUGAAUUACCAAGCAUUGCAGGGAAAUGAUGAUGAAGUCGGACCUAAAGCCCUGAUUCUGUACGUAGAAAACGGGGAGGCAGAUCAACAGAAGAAGCAGAUAGAGGUAGAGAAUGAUGACGAAAGAAGACAUGAUGAUUUUAUGGAAACAGGCGCUGAGACAGAAACCGCAGCUGAGACGGAAACUGCAGCUGAGACAAACCACAGCUGAGACGGAAACUGCAGCUGAGACGGAAACUGCAGCUGAGACUGAAACUGCAGCUGAGACAGAAACCGCUCCUGAGAAGGACACUACAGCUAAUAUGGAUGGCAGUGGUAAUAUGUAUGUUGAGCAGCUACCUUUAGUAAAAUGUAGUCAAGUUAUAGAGGAAUGGGGAGAUGCUAUGGGUCUGUACCUUCUGCAGGAAUUUCCAAACAAGAGAUCACUUCAAGAGGUGGUGGAUAGAGCUGCAUUUGGUUGCAGCUUUCGUUAUGUUAUUAAAAAAUCUGAUCGAAAACGGUUGGUGUUAAAAUGUUGUGAAGCAAACUGUAAAUGGGGAUUGCGAGCUGCGAGGAUUCGAGAGACGGAAAUUUUUUCUAUUAGGAGGUACUGGGGUGUGCAUACAUGCUCUCGGACUAAUCAAAGUAAUAGCUGCAACAGCAAGAGGAAAGGAUCUGCAGAAUUAGUUGCAACUUUUUUGAAUGAGGAAUAUCCUUGAAAACUGAUGACUCCUGUUCCGAGAGAUAUCAUAGACUUAAUUAAGUUAAGACUGGGUGUAUCGGUAUCUUACUCCACAGCCUUGAGAGGGGAAAAUCUAGCUAUGCGUGAGUUGCGUGGUAAUUCAGUAGAUAGCUACAAGAUGUUGCCUAACUACUUGUACAUGUUAGAGCAGGUUAAUUCCGAAACAACAACAGAGGUGAAGUUGGAUGAGGCAGGUAAGUUCAAGUACCUUUUCAUAGCUUUAGGAGCUUGCAUUGAAGGGUUUAAGGCCAUGAGGAAAGUGAUUCUUGUGGAUGCUACAUUUUUGAAGAACGGAUAUGGUGGGGUACUAGUAUUUGCUAAAGCUCAAGAUCCUAAUCGUCACCAUUAUCCCCUCGCGUUUGCGGUACUUGACGGUGAGAAUAAUGCUAGUUGGACUUGGUUUUUCGAGAUGCUCAAAACUGUUAUACCGAACUCUUCUGAAAUAGUUUUUAUGAGCGAUAGAAAUCAGAGCCUCAUCACUGCUGUAGCUAAUGUGUAUCCACAAUCUCACCAUGGCCAUUGUAUAUGGCAUCUAGCUCAGAAUGUGAGAAACCAUGCUUGUAACACCAUCAAAGCCGUAGUGCCAUGGAGAUUUAUGGAGUUGGCUAGGUAUUACACAGUGCCUGAGUUCGAGGCUGCUUAUGCAUCUUUUAAGGUGAGAUAUCCUUCAGCCUGCAAGUAUUUGGAGGAGAAAACCAACAGAGCAACAUGGGCUAGGGUCUACUUUCCAGGUUGUAGAUACAACUUGGACACUAGCAACAGUGUGGAGUCGAUGAAUAGCGCGUUUAGGGACGCAAGGAGGUAUGCCUUGAUACCAUUGUUGGAUACAAUCAUCAAAAAAAUAUCUGACUGGUUUAAUGAACAUCGGAAGGACGCCGUGUCUGGAUCACUUGAUACCAAACUGGUUCCUCUGGUUGAGAUCCAUUUGCACAACUUAUGGGGCAAAGCUGAGAAAACGCCAGUGCGUGAGCUGAAUAGUUAUGAUCUUGAGUACGAGGUUACCGACACUGACAAUGGGAAGGUUUAUUUGGUGAAUUUGAUAGCGAAGUCGUGUAGCUGCAAGGUAUUUGAUUAUGAAAAGUAUCCCUGUCUUCACGGACUUGCUGUUUACUUAUAUUUCCUUGAAGUUCCUGCUACUAAUGGUCGUCGACGUGAGGUCAACAUAGAGUAUCAUCAGUUGUGCUCAAAGUAUUACUGGACAGAACUUUGGGCAAUGGCUUAUUACAGGACCAUUUAUUCUGUGCCGGACAAGUCUGAAUGGAUUGUACCAGAUCACAUCAAAGAGCUCCAGAUCAUACCUCCGAAAAGGCUGACAAGGAAGGGAAGGAAAAAGGUUAAUAGGAAUCCAUCAGUUGAAGAACGGCGUAAAAGGACACAAAACGUAAGGCGAGCGAGGACAAAUUUUGGUUUUAAUUGGCUGUUGUUUGGAAUGCGUUCUAAUCCUCCAAGUGAAACAAACUAAAUCUUGGAAUGUUGCUUUUGCUAUGUUGCUUUUGGUAUGUUGAACUUGGAAUGUUGUUGUUGUUAAUUUUAAUCGGGUUUGGACAACUACAGAGAACCUUGGUAUAACUAAGUAUAAUUGUUCCUGAAUAUACCCGAAUUUGGUCCUUUAUAUAUCCAAUAAAUGAUAUAAAUUCUCCAUCUUCUCUCUCUCUCUUCUCUCACUUCUCUCUCUCGAGACUCUUCUGCUUACUUUCUGAGGACAAAAUAUCGAAGAUGCAAGGAGAUGGUUCGGGUUCGUCAAGGAGAAGGGAAAAUUCUGCAAGAAAAUUGUGUUUCUGUCGCUUAGAUGCCGAAAUAAGACAAGCUUGGACAGACAAGAACCCGGGGCGACGAUUUUAUGGCUGUCCGCGUUAUAAGGUAUCCCAGCUGAUGAUAGAAAUUGUGAUCCAAGAUUGAAAAAUAAAGAAAUUAUUUACAAUGGAAUUUUUGGCAGGAGAAAAAUGGAUGCAACUACUUCAAAUGGUUUGAUGUAGAGGAUGGUACAGAAUGGCAAAAAAUAGCUUUGAUUGAAGCCCGAGAUGAGAUCCAAGAGAAGAGUAGGGUGAUCGAGCAGUUAAACCAAACCAUUGCAGAACUCACAAUUACUUUGGAGAGGAUCCAACAAGAAGAGGAAAUUGUUAGAGACUUUCAAAAUCUAUAUGUUUAAUGGUGUGAGAAAGUUUUAUUCUAAGUUUACUUACUUAUGUUUCCCUGUAUUGGAACCUAUGUAUUUUCUAAGUCUGUGCACUGUCAAACUUAUGUUGCAACUAUGGAAAACCACGGAAAACUAGUAAAAAAGGUGUUACUAUGAUCGUAAAUAACAGAUAUUUACUUGACAUCAUCCCCUCUAAUCCAACACAAAAUUGUUAAUGCACAAAUACAUUCACUUCACUACUCCCCUAAUUCAUCAACAGAAACUCCUCCUGAAAUUAUAUUAGUGAAAAAACUAAACUAAUUCAUCGUCAUCACAUUUUCUAUUAUGCAUUGUAUAGUCUUUCCAAGUUCAUUUUCUUAAUAAGAGCAGUUUACAAAGGACUAUUCUACAAUUCUCGUGCUUUCGAAAAUAUUCUUGCAAUUAUCAGUUAAACUUGAAUGGUAAUGAGGGAAAAUAACAAGUAAAACCUUCUUAACCAAUUUAAAUUAUACGUAAAACUAAAAAAUGUUGAAAUCACGAAAAAUAGAACUAUGAAGAAAUUUGAUAACACCUGAAACUUCAGUAUAACUAUGAGCAAAUAUUUUGGGGGGGAAAACUAAAAAAAUUUUCGCGCCUAAUCGAUAAUAUUCCAAAAAUCUCAAUUAUUUCGGUCAAAAAGUAGACUCCCUCUCUGCUCUCCGUCUCGUCUCGUCUACUGUGCUCUGUCUCACUUUAGUCAAUUAUUUCUCUCUCUCUCUCUCUCUCUCUCUCUCCUCUGAGACAAAUCCUCUCCUCUCUCUCUUUACUCUCUUCUCAUCUCGUUGAUAUCACACUCUUCCCUCUCUCAUCUUAUCUAUUUCAAAAUUUCCUCUACUGACGAUGACUCACCCGUACCAAGAGAUGAAGGACAUGAAGAAACACAAGAAACACUACGACAUGUUAGGCUACAUUUGCGAUGCCCAGUAUGGAAUUCCUUCCCGUUGUCCAUGUGGCGGUGAAAUCAAGACAGAUGUUUCUCCAAAUCCUAAGUAUCGCCAUGAUUUCGAUACCUUGCCUGGGAGUAGGUACUUCACCUGCAAGAAUUAUGAGGACGAUGGGAUGCACUUUCGUCAGCCAUGGGCUUUUGGUGUUGAGGAUGAAGUGAGGCGCCUAAGGAUGGAGGUGAAUGAUAUGGCUGAAGAGAUUGCUAAGCUUAAGAGGAUUAUUACCUCUACCUCUCGUCCAUGAGAUUCUCAAAUCUCAAGUUCUUACUGUGGAUGUGCUAAAAAUAAGAACUUUGCUUUGUAUUCCCUAUCUAUUUCCAGUUUCGGUUACAAGUCUUUUUUUUUGUUCUGUUAAGACUUGUAUAAGUACUACUAGGUUUGUUCUGUUAAGUCUUUGAAUCUUAUCUAAUGUUAGACUUAUUAUGUGGUUAUGUUAAGAACUUUGUUUGUCUCUCUUGAGUGUUGGCUUAGUGGAUUUCAUUUCAAUUGGUAAUAUGUCAUAUAAUUAUCAUUCACCUAAAACGAGACAAAUCUAAUAACAAUAUUACAACACUAAUAUAACAUAACAACUUAGUCAUAACAUAGUUAAAGUUGUAAAUCCACAUCACAAUCAAGAUAAACAUU